UUUCCAAACUUACAAGCUUCGCUCUCCUCCGAACAUAUCCACCCAACAACCCGACGCCAGCUGGCCAGCCAUAUGAACAAAAUCCUCCAUAUUUAAGACCGGCGUUGUUGGCUUCAAUUGUUGGUCUUUCCUUGGUCCAUUUGCCUCAAUCCCCUCCCGGCUCCGGACUGGUUCCAGAAACCUCUCUCUGGUUCCAGAAAUUCCCGGCUUAUCUUUCUUCCCGGUUGGUGGUUCCACCGCUCCGAGGUUUGAUUUUGGAGUCGGAUAAAGAUUGGAUUUUGAGCGAAUUUGGGGGCGGUUUCUCGGGGGUCCUGCCUGAUUCGUGGCCUGUCUGAGCGAAAGGUCCGAUUUUGGGAGGCGUUUUGGUGGGAGCGAAGAUGACGAUCGACAUGUCCAUGCCCGGGAGCUCCGGGCUCCUGAACGCCGUGGGGAAGAGGGACAUGAAGUUCUUCGGCAACAGCUACGUGCUCGUGCUCACCGGCGCCGCGGGAAUCGGCGGAUUCCUCUUUGGCUACGACACAGGUGUCAUAUCUGGAGCCCUUUUGUAUAUUCGUGAUGACUUUCCAGCGGUCAGGGACAAUUACUUCUUACAGGAGACAAUUGUUAGCAUGGCAUUAGUCGGAGCCAUGCUUGGAGCUGCUGCUGGUGGUUGGAUAAAUGAUGCAUAUGGCCGUAAGAAGUCUACUCUUCUUGCUGACAUGCUGUUCGCAUUUGGUUCGCUUGUCAUGUGUGCUGCUGGCGGACCUUACAUUCUGAUUCUUGGAAGGCUCCUUGUCGGUUUGGGUGUCGGUAUAGCAUCGGUCACUGCACCCGUUUACAUUGCUGAAGCUGCUCCUUCAGAAAUUAGGGGAGGUUUGGUGUCAACGAAUGUCCUCAUGAUUACCGGUGGCCAAUUCUUCUCCUACCUUAUCAAUCUUGGCUUCACUGAGGUUCCUGGAACAUGGCGCUGGAUGCUUGGAGUUGCUGCUGUUCCAGCAAUUAUACAGUUUGUGCUGAUGCUUUUCCUGCCAGAAUCUCCCCGUUGGCUUUACUGGAAGGAUGAGAAGGCAAAAGCUAUUGCUGUCCUAGAGAAGAUCUAUGACUCUGAUCGUUUAGAGGAAGAGGUGGAGCUGCUUGCUUCGUCUUCCAUGCAUGAAUUCCAGUCUCACAAUACUGCAAGAUAUUCGGACAUCUUCAAGUUGAAGGACCUAAGGCUAGCGUUUUUCGCUGGAGCUGGUCUUCAGGCCUUCCAGCAAUUUACUGGGAUCAACACCGUCAUGUACUACAGCCCCACAAUUGUCCAGAUGGCUGGUUUCACUUCCAACAAGUUGGCCUUGCUCCUUUCCCUCAUCGUCGCUGCCAUGAACGCUGCUGGAACCAUUGUUGGAAUCUACCUCAUCGACCGUUGUGGUCGCCGCCGCCUGGCCCUUACAAGCUUGGCUGGCGUUGUGAUCUCCCUUGUCAUUCUCGCCAUGGCCUUCAUACUACAGUCAUCAUCCAGCCUGUGUAUGAGUGCAUUCAGUGGCUCUUGCCAAGGCGCACUAGGCUGGUUCGCUGUGGCAGGCCUCGCCCUGUAUAUCGCCUUUUUCUCUCCAGGCAUGGGGCCAGUCCCAUGGGCUGUGAACUCCGAGAUCUACCCCGAGGCCUACCGCGGAAUGUGCGGGGGCAUGUCAGCCACCGUCAACUGGAUCUCCAACCUCAUCGUGGCGCAGACGUUCCUCUCGAUCGUGGGGUUAGUCGGGACGGGCCUGACCUUCCUGAUCAUUGCCGGAAUCGCGGUGCUCGCCUUCAUCUUCGUGGCCAUUUACGUGCCGGAGACGAAGGGCUUGAGCUUCGAGCAGGUCGAGCAAUUGUGGAAGGAGAAAGCGUGGGGGAGCCAUGGAAACUACCAGAGCCUUCUGGGUGCUGCGGCGUAGGCCAUCUGUCAGCUCCCAUCAUGCAGGGCAGUGACGGCGGCGACACUUUUAAGACAGCCGCGUCGUGCCCGGUGAUCUAGCUAGGGAGAAAGUUUUAAAAGGAGUUGAUUCCAGAUCCAAACUGCAUUAGGUUGUCGUGCAUGUAUUGCUAUUGUGCUGCCUGAUUGCACAUGUUAUCGUCGUGAAAAAUGUUCAGUGUUGAGUGAAAACUCAGGUCUGGCCUUGAUGCCGAAUCUUGUAAUAUGCCGAAAGGCCUGUAUGACCCAGAUGUGAGAAAUGGGAAAAAGUUUGCACCA